AGAGGUUCGCAUCCUGGCUCAGGGGUCAGGGUUUCACUAGAUCCAUCACUACACUACAUUCACCUACAUCAGCUCGCACAUGUUCUUCAUAACCAGCACAUGUCUGUGUGCAUUAUCAGUGCUGGGGACGCAGGUGCUGGCCAUUCACCAUCGUAUGCAUGGUUCCCAGCUUAGGCGGCUUCAUACCCCAAUCACUCUAGACGCAUUUUACACGGCGACCUCUUGCGGCACUCAAGGUCAGGUAAUUUCUGACACGUCGGCGUGCGAUGAGGCUGCAGGUGCGCUGGGGUUUAGCAUAGGCUAUAUGGGAACCACCGACUAUGGCGGCGACUGCGCACAGUGGGCUGUCCUGGGAAUGCAGAACUGGUACUACUACCAUGCGAGCAACCGGCCCAACGCCAAGCACAUCUGCAGAUUGCCUGCAUAUGCUUUAGGAGGCGUCAAAUGUCCUGCUGGAUAUUCGGAAAUUUCUUCCGCGGCAGAGUGCGACGCAGCUGGAAUCACCCUCAACCACUCGGUGUCCCAUAACCCAGAGCAUGGAGUGCAGUGCUAUGUGAGAAAUGAGUUUGGCAGCCUAUCAGUAUGCAAACUCCCCACAUACGUCUUACCGGACUUUGCUACUUUCCAAUGUCCCCUUGGAUAUGCGUUCCUCGGGGCUGGAGAUGAGUGCGUGGCAGCUGCAAGCGACAUCGGGAUUCCUUACUUCGGUAUUGGCAAUUGUCCUGUUUGUGGCGCUGUGAGUCUGCGGGUCGUGCCUACGCCGUCUCCGACGCCUGGUAUAAUAUGGCAGGAGAAUUGCAACGAAUUCGCUGAUGGCUUCACCCCCAACAACUGGGGUAAGAUUUGCCAGAAUCUUCCGACGGCUCCAGUCCCAGAGUACAUAAGGAUCAAAAUUGGGCAGGUGACGGAUUACUUCCGGCCGAUUACGGGGGCUAGUUACUGCGAUAUGUUGACGAGCCCUUCGCAUCACCAGUGGAGCAACGACUUUCUUACAUGGAGGACGCCAGAUUAUUAUCAUGGGCAUGUUGGCGGUUCUGCUGCGAAUUGGCCGAAAAAUAAUGUGGAUGGCGAUAACCGGAAAUUCCUUACAUUCUGGGGGAACGGCUUCGGCGGUAGCGGCGGCUGUUGCCACAUAACUUACGGGGGUGACUCCCCAAUGCCUGGUCGGCCGUUCACAAUGGACUGGUGCUCAGCGCCAACUUUAAUUACUCCAGCAUCCCGGUGUGCUGCCGCGCAUAUCCGACACAGCGCGCGUGGAAGUUUCGCAGCAACGCCGUAGCAUGGCAUGGCUGCAGCGAUGCAUGUUUGUUGCGUUGCUUAUUGGGGGUCUCUUGUGUACACCUCGGGGUCCGACUUGCGGCUUUGUAUAGGGCUUCUUUUGAGCAGCUCGGGGGCAUUUUGGAGGCGUUUUCCGAUGGUGUGUGAGAGAAGGGGGGGCCAUGGCGGCCGCGACGCGGCUGGGGCGGAGGGAGCCACAUCGAGGGAGACCACGGGGCCCGACACGCACUGGCCGCAUUUGAGCGCGGUGGCGGGCCCACGGCUUCUCCCACUCCUGCCCCAUCUCCCGCUCCGACUCCUGCACCGACGCCUGCCCCGACGAAGGCCACUCCCGCCCCGACGCUGAAGCCGACGCCUGCCCCGACGAAGGCCACUCCCGCCCCGACGCUGAAGCCGACGCCCGCCCCGACGCCGAAGCCGACGCCCGCCCCGACGAAGGCCACGCCUGCACCCACGAAGGCCACUCCUGCACCGACCCAGACGCCGACGCCUGCUCCGACGAAGGCCACCCCUGCCCCGACGAUGCAGCCGACACCUGCCCCGACGAAGGCCACUCCUUCCCCGACGAUGGCCACUCCUGCACCGACUCCGAUGCCGAAGGGCACCACCUCCGCCGGCUUCGCACCCUCCGCGGUUUCCGCCGCCGGGGCACCCGUGGCUGCCGCGGCUGGAGCCAUGACCACCUCGGCCGGGGCCGUGGCUGCCGUGGGCGAUCCCCAUCUGACAAACAUUCACGGACAGCGGUUCGAUCUGCUGAAGCCGGGCAGGCACGUGAUGAUAAGCAUCCCUCGUGGCGUGGGUGCUGAGAACACGCUGCUUCGCGUGGAGGCGGAUGCGCGCCGAUUGGGUGGAUCCUGUGCGGAUAUGUACUUCCAAGACGUAGCUAUUACGGGCUCUUGGGCAGAGAACAGACAGGCAGGAGGCUUC